AGAAUGCGAGUACGCCCUCCUUUGUCCAAUCAGCAUUCGGCAGCCGUCCAUCAUUGAUGACGCAAAUCAAGCGUGCUCGUGAACGGAGGAUGUUCAGGCUUCUCAGCAGAGUCUUCGCAUCUGUACGAGCUUCACGAAACGCAGUCUCUGCUCCUGUACACCUGAGCUUCUGCUCGGCAGCAUCACGGUGUGCUGACUUUCCUGUGAAGCCCAUAAUGGAAGCUAACCUCUACCGACCCCCUCAAGAGGUCCGGGGUAUGACGUCCUUGGACAAAGACGCCUUCAAGCAGACAAUUACCGUCCCAGCCCUGCGGGUUCCCACAGGAGUCCUUAACAAGGUGGUGAAGAGCCUGAGGAAGUCCACCAUCCAGCGCCCUGGGAUUCCCAGAGUGGUACAAGAUCAAGAGCAGAGUAGUGACUUUCGUCUGGUUCUGUUGGACCCCCACAGAGUGUGCUCGCCAGACUCUUUCAACGAGGCUGAAGCUGAGGCUCUGAGGUCAUUCAGUGUCCCUCAGGAGCUCCACUACUAUGAACUUCAGCUGAGCUACGACAACCUGAAGAGUGAGGAAGUGCUGGAGGCUGUGCUCCCUCAGGGGCUGGAUGUGACAUCUGGGUUCAGCCGGGUGGGACACAUCGCACACAUGAACUUGAGGGACCAUCAGCUCCCGUACAAGAACCUCAUAGGUCAGGUCAUCAUGGACAAGAACUCUGGCAUUACCUGCGUGGUCAAUAAGACCAACAUAAUUGACUCCACCUACCGCAACUUCAAAAUGGAGAUCUUAGCUGGAGAGGAGGACAUGAUUGCAAAAGUUAAAGAAAACGGGGUAACGUAUGAAUUUGAUUUUUCCCGUGUGUACUGGAACCCUCGGCUGAGCACAGAGCAUCAGCGCGUGGUGCAGCUCAUCAAACGUGGCGAUACGGUGUUCGACGUAUUCGCUGGGGUUGGUCCCUUCGCCGUUCCAGCUGCCCGCGCUGGGGCCAGCGUGUUCGCCAAUGACCUCAACCCGGAGUCCUACCGGUGGCUGCAGCACAACUGCAAACUCAACAAGGUGGAGAGCAGAGUCCAAACCUUCAACCUGGAUGGCAGGGUGUUCAUCCAGGGACCUAUGAAGCAGGAGAUGCCUGCGCUGCUGAAGGCAAACGCCAGUGUGCAUGUGGUGAUGAACCUGCCUGCUUUGGCUUUGGAGUUUCUAGAUGCAUUUAAAGGCCUCUUGAAGCAGGAGACGCACCGUGACGUUAACCUACCCACAGUGCACUGCUACGGCUUCUCCAAAGACGACAACCCUGAAAAGGACGUGGUGCAGAGGGCUUCCCACAGUGUUGGGUUCCCUCUCGAAGGGCGAUGCUCAGUGCAUUUUGUGCGUAAUGUAGCACCCAACAAGGAUAUGAUGUGUGUGAGGUUCACGCUCCCUGAGGAGGUUCUCUUCAGCAGUGAUCCUGAACAUACAGAGACUUCAGAAGAACCAAGACCAAAAAGACAGAAGUGUGAAGAAACUCGGGAUGCGCCAUCAUAAAUACACCAGCCUUAUACUAAGACGGCCAAAAGGAAAUAUUUUAGAUUAUUUUUUCUUUUCAGACUGUGUUUUACUAUUGUUUUUACCACAGAUAUUGAGCCAUCAUGACCCUUUGGUUUAAUAAUUGACCGUACAUCUGAUCCCAGCAGAAUGUACUAUAAUUGCCAAUAUUCUAAGUUGUAUAUAAAUCUUUAAAUGAUGGACAGAUUA